AUGGUCGGGAACUUUGACCCCACGGCGGCGACGGCGGCGGUGCUGGUGGUGAAAGAGGUAGUAAAGAAUGUAACGAGGACGGUGGAGGACGCGCAAGCGCUCGCAGCUCUAGCCAACGACGCGGCGAGCAACGAGAACCGGACAAUGCUGGCGGUGGAGAUUCCGCUUAUCCUGCUGGCGAUUGGCACGGUGGCGUUGCGGGUGUAUAGUCGGCUGGGGAUUAAGAGGAAGUUGGCGGUGGAUGAUGGGUUGAUUAUCUGUGGGACGAUUUGCGCGUUUGGCAGGACGGUGAUAAGUUGUAUGAGCGCGGAUGAUUCGUGGGGGUUUGAUAGAGAUGGACCUGACCAGGCAUCAGAGCUACCGUAUUAUCGGCACAUCUUCGAACGCCGCAUCGCCUACAUCCUCGCCGUAACCUUCACCCGCUUCUCCAUCCUAACCUACUACCUGCGCAUCUUCCCGCCGCAAAUCACCACCCUCCGCCGCUCAACCUACAUCCUGCUCUUCCUCGCGCUCGCCCAAUUCAUCGAAGUCCUCACCAUACUCUCCGUCUCCUGCCGCUCCAUCUCCAAACUCUGGACAUCGGACUGGCUCGCCUUCUCCGGCUCGCACUGCUUCAGCUCGCCCAUGUACUCGUACUCCGCCGCGGUCGGCGACUCCGCGCUGGACAGUCUGAUUUUCGCCCUGCCGGUCCCGUACGUGUGGCGCCUGAGCAAGCUGAAGACGCGGCAGCGAGUCGGGCUCGUGGUGGUGUUUGGCCUGGGCUUUAUUGUGUGCGUGGUCGCGCUGCUGCAGAUCCCGUUUAUACGCCGCCGCAUGGACUAUAGCUCGUACUUCGGCGGGACUAUUAAUCUGCUCAUUGCGAUUCAGAUCAGCCUUGCUAUUGUCGCGGCUUCGUUACCAGAUCUGCGCGCGUUAGUGGCGCGCUCGUUCCCGAAGUUCUCGCCGCUGCAUCAUCGCAGUCUUGCUACGGCGGCGCAGUAUGGGGAUGGUGCGAGGGGAGAUGUGGAGCAGGGAGUAGGAAGGGAAGGGGCGGAACAGCCGAGAAGAGGAUUUGAAGCUGCGAGGCAGAUGAGGAAGCCGGAUUGGUUGAGGGAUACGCUGCCGGCGAGCUUGAUGGAGACGCAGAUCACGCAGACGGAGAUGUCGAGGGCAGUUUCGAGAGAGGAUUUGGGGCUGCCUGGGAGAUCGGCAGCCUUCGCGCUUCUCACGAGCGAUUUCAAAGAGCGGGUUCCCCAUCGGACAGGUUACUUGGCAAAGAGCGUUCUGUGCAAAGGUAAGCACACAUAUCCAACUCUCAAGCCUACCAACAAACCACCCAUACUCACACAUAUCCUAGUCAAAGAAAGCGCGCUUUCCCACCAUCCAACCACCACUACACAUCUUGAACUCAUCAUCUGUCUCAUGCAAGAUGCUCAAGACAAACCCACCCCCGCGCAUAAAGCGGUCAUCCACACCGCCAAUUCGCGACCUGCCCUGUGUACCAUGGCGUCAACGUACGACUUCAUCGUUGUCGGCGGAGGAACAGCAGGCUGCCUGCUAGCCCACCGGCUCUCACAUGCAGCAGCACGCCCCUCAGUGCUCCUCGUAGAAGCAGGACCCAACCCAGAGGGCGAAUACCUUCGGGCGCCCUUCCACCGCUAUGCAGUCCCCUUCAUGCGCCCUGACCUGGACCACGGCUACGUCUCCACCCCGCAAAAACAACUGAACAACCGAGAGAUACCGUAUUCGCGUGGCAAGGGCCUCGGCGGUAGCAGCAUCAUGAACUUCCAGGUCUACCUGUACGGCUCCGGCGAGGAUUACAACCGCUGGGCCGAGAUCGUCGGCGACGACAGCUGGAGAUGGGAGCACACAAAGAAGUCGUUCCAGGAAAUCGAGGAUUAUGACUAUAGCGGUGCGAGCGCGUACCCGCACCUGGCAAAGCCGGAUCCGAGCCUGCACGGGACGAAAGGGACUUUGAAGGUAUGUUUGCCGCCGGUUCUGGAGAAGGGGACUUUGCCCUGGGCGGAAUCAUUGGUGAAGAGCGGGGAGAAGGUUAAUCUGGAUUUUAACUCGGGAGACCCGAUCGGAGUUGGCGUCUUUCCGGCAUCGUACUCGAAGGAUGGGAGGACCACGAGCGCAAGUGCGCAUUUAGUCAAUGCGCCGGACAAUCUGACCAUCUGGACGGAUGCUACUGUUCAUCGCCUGGAGUUUGAGGGAACUGAGGUCGUUGGUAUUGAAACUGCCGACGGUAGAAAAGCAAUGUCCGGAAAGGAGGUCAUUAUUUGCGGUGGAGCAAUCGACACUCCGCGCCUGCUCUUGCUGAAUGGUAUUGGGCCUGCGAAGGAGCUGGAAGCGCUCGGUAUCAAGGUCGUCAAGGAUCUGCCUGGUGUCGGCAAGCAGCUCCACGACCAUGUCAUGACAUUCCUGAGUGUUGAAUGUGACGGGAUCCAGAACGACCGGUAUUCAUUCGAGACUAACGAGAAGCUGGUAGCCGAGGCAAAAGGGCUGUGGGACACGGACAAGACUGGGACCUUUGGUCUGCAUUACGGGACGAUGUUCGGCGGUUUCCUGAAGCUGCCGGGGCUUGAAGAGUAUGCAGAGUAUAAGGCCCUGGACAAGAGAUGGCAAGAUUUUCUCUCCCGGGAUACGGUGCCCGCGUAUGAGUUCAUAGGUGGUGCGCUGCUCCACCCGCCUGGUACUGUACUGCCGGAAGGCAGCAGCUACAUGUCAGGGGUGGCAUUCCUCAUGAAUCCAAUGUCCGAGGGGUCCAUCACGCUCGCCUCAGCCAAUCCGGGGGACAAGCCCAUCCUCAAUCUCGGGUUCCUGGAGCACCCCUACGAUCGCCGCGUCCUGAGGGAAGGCAUCCGGCAAACGUGGACCAAAUUGUUUGAAAACGCGGAGAUCAAGAAGAGCGUCAAGAGGCGCAUCUACGGACCUGAGAGUUUGUCGGACGUGGAUAUCGAUGCGUUCAUGAAGGAAGCUGCGGGGACGGUCUGGCACAUCAACGGAACGGCGAUGAUGGGGAAGCCCGAGAAUGAGUUGGCUUGUGUGGAUACAGACUUCAAGGUGUUUGGAGUGGAAGGACUGCGGCUGGCGGAUGUCAGUGUCUGUCCACUGACCACCAACAACCACACCCAGUCGACGGCGUAUCUCGUCGGGCAGAAGGCGGCGGACAAGCUCAUUGCGCAGUACCAGCUGGGGAGGCAGGCCCGACUAUGA